AGAAUAUCAAGUCUUUUUAUUUUUUAUUCGUUACGACUGUUUGUUAACUAGUUGCCAACAGGCGGUCCCAUGGUGUAAUGCUGCUAAUAAAGGAUUGAGUAUUGAGUAUUGGUUAGCACUUUGGACUCUGAAUCCAACGAUCCGAGUUCAAAUCUCGGUGGGACCUAUUUUUGUUUUCGAGCUUUAGCUGUAACUGUAACUGUAUUUUAACAUAUAGAUCAAAACUGGAACUAACUUAUUGAAAGCCUUUUGAUAGUUGAAUACUAAAUAAAUAGGCUACAAAAGAAAUAGAGCAAAAAUAUCGAGAAAAAAUAUCUUGUUGUGAACUUCGAAAUACCUACUAUAACAAGUCAAAGUCAAAAUUUUGUUCAAAUUACAAUUACUACGCUUAUUAAAUAACCUCAUUUUCACGUCAGUUCGUAAAUUCUAUUUUCGGGAUACUGGACUUUCUCAGAAUGUGCGUGCUUAGUCAUAUCGGCUGCUGUGCUGCGUGUCACAGCGCUCAGUUCUGCGUCUACAAAAGAAAGUAAGCAAUGUUCUCGAGUGACGAUGUAUCAGUUGUUGAUAAGUCUCUGACUCAGUGCUUCCUCGGACACCGGGCUUACAACAUGGCUCGACUCGCGCCGCAGCUUUCACGACUAAUCAUAACUUUCGUCGUAACUUAUUUGUUUUUAGGAGUGCAUGGAAAACAUAGAAGCAAAAGAAGUUUAACGGAUGUUAAGUGCCUGGAAAAUGGAAGGUUUUACAGGAACCCAGAUAGAGCUGAGGACAAAAUGUGGACAAUAGACGAGUGUGCUAAAUACUACCUGUGUUUGGACGGCGACGUGUUCGAGUUCCACUGCUCGCCCGGCUUAAUGUUCGAUGUCAACAGGCAACUGUGUGAUAUGCAACAGAAUGUACACAAUUGCGAUCUCACUACGGAAACCAGGAUCCCGAAGCCACUCCUAGACAUGGCCGACUGUGCCAAUGACACACACAUUGGCUGUUCAAACGGCGACUGCAUUCCCGCCGAAUAUUUCUGCGACGGUUCCAUCGACUGCACGGACGCAUCAGAUGAAGGCUGGUGCGACGUGAAUUAUGAUCCUAAUGCUGCGGAGCCAUGUGACCCUACAGUGUGCGUCCUGCCUGAUUGCUUUUGCUCGAAGCAAGGCAAUGUUAUCCCCGGAAACCUUGUUCCUAGUCAGACUCCGCAAAUGAUCACACUAACAUUCGAUGGCGCAGUAAACCACGAAAAUUGGGAUGCUUACACGAAACACAUAUUUACCCCAGAACGAAAGAACCCUAACGGUUGUCCAAUUAAAGCGACAUUCUUCGUUUCACAUCCGUAUACAAAUUACAGACACGUACAAAAGCUGUGGAAUGACGGCCAUGAGAUUGCAGUAAACUCAAUAACUCGUCGCGGUCCGGAAGAUUGGUGGUCGAAGAAUGCCACCGUUGAAGACUGGUUCGACGAAAUGGUUGGUGAAGCGAAUAUGAUUAACAGAUUCAGCAGAGUUCAUAUGGAGGAUUUCAGGGGCAUGAGGGUGCCUUUCCUUUCAGUGGGUUGGAACCGACAAUUCCUGAUGAUGCAGGAGUUUGGCUUCGUAUACGACGCUACAGUCGUAGCCCCGCUGGCUGAUCCUCCAUUUUGGCCAUACACACUUGACUACAAGAUGCCACAUCAGUGUACUGGGAACAACCAGUACUGCCCAACGCGUAGCUACGCAGGCAUAUGGGAGAUGGUGAUCAAUCCUCUUUCGAACGGCGAUCAUACGUGUGCCACACUGGAGUAUUGCCCAUCCACUCUCACUGGUGAAGAUGUGUACAACAUUUUGGUGAACAACUUCAAACGACACUACUUGAAGAACAGAGCACCUUACGGAAUUCAUUUGAGCUCUACGUGGUUCAAAAAUAAUGAAUAUUUACUUGCUUUCAAGAAAUUCCUGAGUGAGUUAUUGAAAGUACCAGACGUGUAUUUUGUAACAUACAAAGAACUGAUUGAUUGGAUUAAGAGGCCCACUCCUGCUAUUCAGUUGAAGAAAUUCCAGCCUUGGCAGUGCAAGGAGCGUCUCAUUGAAGAGUCUGAAAUCGCGUGUGUUAAGCCUAACACAUGCAAACUGUCUUCUAAAGUGUUGGAACAUGACAAAUACAUGAUCACAUGUACUGAAUGUCCAAAGAGCUAUCCCUGGAUAAGAAACGAAUUUGGAUUUGAUUGAUAUUCUGCAAAUAAAUAAUUUAUUCAUAAUUUUACAGUUACCAGCUUAAUUGAGAGUUAUUUGAGGGGACCUGACUUUUCAGUAAUGUUAUUUAUUUAAGUUUUUUUAUUAAAAAUUAUGAUUUUUUGAGCUUAUACGAUUAAGCUUAAUGACUCUAGCAUUCCUUAUGUGGAUAAUGUUAUCUCUAUAAGAACUCAAAUAUACUUAAUCUGACAGUGAUAUCUUUAAGUUACAAUUUAUUUAUGUGACAGAAAUAUAAAGUGUAUUUGUGCAAUAAUUUAUUAAGUAGCGUAGUAAAAUGAUCUUUUGUCUUUAAUAAAAAAGGAAAUUGUU